AUGGAUGGCGGUCGUCCUCCUAAAAGACAACGCAGAUCUAAGGAUUUAAAGCAAGAUGAGCCGAAAAGACAAUCAAAACGAAAAGCCAUCAUUAUAUCAGAUAGCUCCAGUCCUAUCGAACCAGCGGAACCCUUCGCUCUCUCCUCACGCCCUAAACCCUCCUACUCGCGCGGCACAACACCAUCAACCCGGCUUCCCUCGUCCUCACCCUCUCCAAUCAAAAGAACUAAAUCACCAGCAAAGCCAGACUCGGACUCGAAAUCAAAGUCCCUGCACAACUUCUUUCCGCCCGCGACAGAGGGACAGCGAUGGGCACCACAAAAGACCGAGAAGCAAUCCCUCCCGCCGGUCACGGAGACCGUCGACGUGGACCUGAUUGAGGAUGAUUAUGACUCCUACGAUGAAAUCUUCACACAGCAUCUAGCUAAUGAGCGGAUGGGUCUGGCAGCCAUGGGCUCUAGCCAGACACGUCAGCCUGCGCCAAAGCCAGCGCCGAAGCCAAAGCCAAAGGCCUCAGUCAAACCACCGCGGAAGACGACGAAACGGUUCCUUCUGUCUACGGACUCUGGGAAUGGAACUGCGAAGGAGGCAUUGGCUGCACAACCGGCUAGCGAACCGGACCGUCGACCAUGGGCGCAGCGGUUCGCUCCGGCUAAUCUGGGCGAAUUGGCCGUUCAUAAGAAAAAAGUCUCGGAUGUGCAGCAUUGGCUAGAGGAUGCUUUUGCUGGGAGGCGUCCCGAGAGGUUACUCGUCCUACGGGGUCCGGCGGGCAGUGGGAAGACGACCACUAUGUCCCUGCUCUCCGAGUCAAUUGGUUACGAUAUUGUCGAGUGGAAGAAUCCCCCGGUUUCGGAAUUUGGAGCUCGCGAUCAUCAAUCCGUGAGCGCACACUUUGAAGAGUUUCUUGGACGGGGUAAUAAAUUUGGAGGGCUUGACCUCGGAAAUGCCACCGAGCCCGAUUCUCAGAAAGACGAGAAACCUCGGGAUCAGCGAAUACUUCUUAUAGAGGAGUUUCCGACUGUGUUUGGCCGGGCGUCCUCCACCCUCACGGCGUUUCGGACGUCUCUUCAACAAUAUCUAGCUGCCGCGGCGAAUGAUCAUGCCCGGGGCAGUUCUGGAUCGAAUCACCCGCCUAUAGUGAUAAUCGUGUCGGAGACUUUGUUGAGCUCUGCGUCUUCAAUCUCAGAUAACCUGACAGUUCACCGGUUACUGGGGCCCACAAUCUAUAAUCACCCCGGGACAACGAUAUUGGAUUUCAAUAGCAUUGCACCCACUUUUAUGCACAAGGCUUUACGGUCUAUUUUGGACAGAGAGGCACGGAACUCUAGGCGUGUCCAGAUACCGGGGCCAGGUGUUAUUGACAGUAUCUCUGAAAUCGGCGAUAUCCGCAGUGCAAUCUCCUCUCUCGAGUUCCUCUGUCUGAAAGGGGACGAAACGGGAAGAUGGGGAGGCAGCGUGGCCAAAACAAAGAAAGCUCGAGGUGAGGUUGCUUUGACACCGAUGGAGAAAGAGUCUCUCAAAUUGAUAACUCAGAGAGAGGCGAGCCUGGGCAUGUUCCAUGCCGUUGGGAAGAUCAUGUACAACAAACGCAUGGACCCGAGUCUGAUCGAGGGCGAUGUCGAGAUCCUUCCACCGCCACCGGACUAUCUGCGCCACUAUGCCCGACCAAAAGCCUCGCAGGUAUUGGUUAAUGAUCUGGUAGACGAGACCGGGACCGACAUAUCAACUUUCAUCAGUGCUCUCCAUGAAAACUACAUCCCAUCCUGCGAUGGGGAUAAUUUCACCGACUCUCUCAACGACUGCAUCGAUGCACUCUCCGAUAGCGAUAUCCUCAGCGCCGACCGCCGACCAGGGCAAGGGGCGCGCGCCGGGAUAGGAACCGGAAUCACCUCUUUCAGUAGCGGUACAGACGUGCUCCGGCAGGAAGAAAUUAGUUUCCAAGUUGCGGCGCGUGGUCUUCUUUUCGCCCUUCCAUACCCAGUCAACAGACGGGUUGGGUCUGGAGCCGGACGAAGCCGCGCUGGUGAUGCCUUCAAGAUGUUUUACCCAGCUUCUCUGCGGUUGUGGAGAGAGGCCGAGGAAAUCGAUGGACUGAUCGACUCGUGGAUGAACCGAACACUCGAUCCUAGACGGCAGCAUCUUUCUCAAAAUGGCUCCGGCCUCACGGGGGUCAGUUCCUGGAAAAAUCUCCAGGUGGGAAGGUCGAUAUCCGCCGACUCGGGAAACAAAAAUGACACCCCGAGUGUGGUCACGAUGAUGCCCCGGCAUGAUCUACUGCUUCAUCAGUUGCCCUAUAUGGCUGCAAUCCGGCGUCAGGACCCAGAUUGGUGGCAGUUGGAUAAGAUCACCAGCGUUCGGUCCAACGAGAAUCUUCGUAAUGAUGACAUUGACGACAUAGAGGAGUCUCCAGCUUCGCGGUCGCGUGGGAAACAAUCCAGCAGUCGUGGGUUUGGACCUCGACUGCAACUGCCCGAAGAGAAAUUGAUUCUCAGCGAUGAUGACAUUGUCGAUUGA